AUGAACCUCAUCUGCAACGGCAAAGGCGAUAAGGACAAGACGAGCUCGUACAGCCGCCGAGGACAUUUCGCUUUCGCAGACUCUUCUCACAGCAAGGCCCGGAGAUCGUGCAGCGCCAAGAGCGGCGAAUCAGCCAAGAAGGCAGCGGACAGCAAGAAGCCGCGACGGCGGCGCACGGCGUUCACCCAGGCGCAGCUGGCUUUCCUCGAGGCCAAGUUCCGCUACCAGAAGUACCUGAGCGUCUCCGACCGCGGUUCGGUGGCCGAGGCACUCAGGCUCACCGAGACGCAGGUGAAGACUUGGUACCAGAACAGGAGGACCAAGUGGAAGCGGCAGAGCCAGAUGAAAGUUGAGCAGCUUCGUCGACCGGACCCGGAUGCCGCACAGCUGGCAAACCCUGCGGCCGCCGGCGUUUACCUCGAUCUGCUGACCACCGGAGGUGAACAUUGCCUCGCCAAGCAUGGAUACCUCGGAGGCAUGUUCGUGGCUGGAUUUUAGGGCGUAGAUUGGACAACCCUCCGCGACAAACAAGCCGCGAUGUUGCACCACAUACCUAUACGCAUAAGUCGCGCGUCGUGACUCGACCGAAUGCCCACCACCCCAUAAAUACAAAUCUCCGUCGCUGAGAGCUGUAUCGUAAUUAAUGUAAUUUAUUACUACGGUCGAAUAAACUGAUGUUGCACCUGUUCCAGAAA